AUGAGCAAGCGAUCCCCACAUGGCCCAGCUAAACCCCACCCCUCCCAUCCACUCUUCUUAGUCAAAUUACAGCAUAUAUAAACUACACGCGGCGUAACAGCAUCACACACGAGAAAAUAUACUAGCAACAGCAUACUCGGAUAGUCGCAAUUGCACACACCACCGUGCACGCAAUCAAUCCCAGCUCGCCUACGCACCACCACCGGAACCAAAGCUUUAUACAUCCCUCGCACCACCACCGGAACCAAAGCUUUAUACAUCCCUCUCCAGCGUACACGCCGACGUAGCCUGGCAAAGCUAAGCUGAGCUGAGCUGAGCUAUAUAUCGUAGCGCAUCACCGAUGUCGUCAACGGGAGCGCGCAGGGGCGUUGGCAGCGGCGGUGGCGGCGGCGGGCACUUUCCGGUCGGCCGGCGCCGCCACGUGGCGGUGGUCGACACCGGGUGCAGCUGCCGCCCGCGCCGCCCCAGGAUGCUGCUCAGUCUGCCGUCUUUCCUCAAGCCUUCCUCCGCGAGCAAGCCACCGGCGGCACCGGCGAGGAGCACCAGCUCGUCCAGCCUCUUCCCGUCGUCCUCCUCCACCGCUUCCUUCUCCACAAGCUACGCCUCCUCCAACUGCUCCAACUACUAUUCCUCCUAUCAUGGCUUCGGCGCCGCUUCCAAGCUGCAUCAGCAGCAAGAGCACCUUCCCUCCGCCCAGGAGGUGCCGGCUGGGACGCCGGCCUCGCCGGUCAAGAGGCAGCCGGCGAGCAUGAAGAAGAAGCAGAAGAAGAGGUAUUACGCGGAGAAUAAAGCAGGUACGGCAGAAGCGGGGCCGGAGGAGGACGUGGGGCUGGCGGUGGAGAAAGACUCGUCGGACCCUCGCGCCGACUUCCGGGAGAGCAUGGUGCAGAUGGUGGUGGAGACGGGGCUGUGUAGCUGGGACGACCUCCGCAGCAUGCUCCGCCGCCUGCUCGCCCUCAACUCGCCGCGCCACCACGCCGCCAUCCUCACCGCCUUCGCCGAGCUCUGCGCCCAGCUAGCCUCACCGCCCCCGCCGGCGGCAUCGUCCUACCACUACCAGCUCUAGCUACCAAGCUAGCUAACUAGCCAGCUGAUGUCUCGAGAUCCUGGCACCACCCGGUGUGCGAGCGCCGGCGUCGUGAAUUCCCGGCCAGGCUACUGGGUGGUGAUAGGAUCUCGCAGAAGAAACAAAGGUCGACGCUAGUACCGCUAGUACGAGCAGUAGGACAAAAGCUCAUUAAAAAAUGUAGGAGUACCAGGUGUUUGGUUUCUGGAGUCCGUUCUUGCUGGUGGGUUAUUAGUUUCUUAAAUGUUUAGUUUGCUUGCAAGUUAUUAUUAGUGCUUAAUUAGUAUAAUUGGGAGGAGUUUGUGCUAGUGUGUAUGUGCCUAGUGCAUGGCCUUUGGUUUUGUGCGAAGGUCCAUGCAUGGACAAGUGCUACAAUAAUUGGUAGGGUUUGCUAAUUACACUGAGUCACUAAACUAUGUAUGUCAAGUCUCAAAGUGUAGUGUUUUGUGAUAUACUCUUUCCGUAUCAAAA